AUGUCCCAAUCUUCAUCGACCGAAAUUAACAAAGGUUCGGGCUCCAUCGAGCCUGGAUUCUGGAAUCUCAGAAAUAAGCACAACACUUUUGGUCUCAAAGGUAGAAAGCUCAGAUGGGCAGUCACCUUGACCUCUGUGGUGGGUUUCAGUUUGUUUGGAUAUGACCAGGGUCUUAUGAGUGGUAUUAUCACCGCCCCACAGUUUCAAAGAGACUUCCCUCCAGUCAGUGGAUCCAGUAGACACGCUACUGUGGUCCAAGGUAUUGUCACAGCUUGUUACGAAAUUGGAUGUUUCUUCGGUGCCUUGUUUGCCAUGAUUGUUGGUGACCGUCUCGGAAGACGUCUUCUUAUUAUUAUCGGUGCCACUAUCAUCAUCAUUGGUACUUUCAUCUCUAUCUUCCCAUUCAGACCACACUGGCAAUUGGGUCACUUCAUCAUUGCUAGAUCGGUUACCGGUAUUGGUAACGGUAUGAACACUGCUACUAUUCCUGUGUGGCAAUCUGAACAAUCCAAGCCAGAGAACAGAGGUCGUCUGGUUAACUUGGAAGGUUCUGUCAUUGCGGUUGGUACUCUGAUUGCUUACUGGGUCGAUUUCGGUUUGUCCUACGCUAACAGCUCUGUUUCGUGGAGAUUGCCAAUUGCUUUGCAAAUUCUGUUUGCCCUGUUCUUGCUCCUGUCUAUCCUUGGUCUGCCAGAGUCUCCAAGAUGGCUCAUUUCUAAAGGUAGAAUGGAGGAAGCCAGAUACAUUUUGGGAAGCAUCAACGACGUCGAUCCUAACGACGAUGGUGUUAUUGCUGAGUCCACUAUGAUUGCCGAUGCCGUGAACAGAUUCGAUAACGCACAACUUGGAUGGAGAGAGCUUUUCAGCGGUGGAAAGCACCAAUAUUUCAGAAGAAUGAUGUUGGGUGCCAGUGCUCAGUUCUUCCAGCAAUUUACUGGAUGUAACGCCUCCAUCUACUAUGCUACUGUCUUGUUCGAAAACACUCUGGACUUUGCCAGAAGAAAGGCUUUGGUGAUGGGUGGUAUCUUCUCCAUCGUUUAUGCCGUGUUCACCAUCCCAUCCUUCUUCCUUAUCGACAGAUUGGGUAGAAGACCUCUUUUCCUGAUCGGUGCUGCUGGUCAAGGUGUUGCUUUCAUCAUUGCUUUCGGAUGUUUGGUUAAGGAGAACGCUAACAACGCUAAGGGUGCCGCUGUCGGUCUCUUCUUGUUCAUUGCCUUCUUUGCCUUCACAAUCCUGCCACUUCCAUGGGUGUAUCCACCUGAAAUCAAUGCAUUGAGAGCCAGAACUGUGGCCACAUCUAUCUCCACCUGUACUAACUGGUUGUCGAACUUUGCCGUUGUCAUGUUCACUCCAAUCUUCAUCAACCAGUCCAAGUGGGGAUGCUACUUGUUCUUUGCCAUCAUUAAUUUCAUUUACGUGCCAAUCAUCUACUUCUUCUACCCGGAGACUGCUGGUAGAUCUCUUGAGGAAAUUGAUAUCAUUUUCGCCAGAUCCUACGACGAGGGUGUUCCUGCUUUCAUUGUGGCCAACAGAAUGGCCAAGUUGAACAACCAGGAGCUCGAGGCAGAAGGUAACAGACUUGGUCUGUUCGACAUGGAUGAUACCAAGCCUUCUGCUGAGCUGAACGAGGGUAUUCUUGAGAAGCCUCAAGAGCCAGAGGUUUAA